UUCGUAUACACAUGCAUACGAAUACUGCAUCGAUAGUACUUAACGUCAACCAGCGGUACGGCAUUGACAGUUAUCGAUCAACAGUACGCACGGCACGAGGCUGGAAGUUGUGAAUGAACCUUGCAAGGCUCGUGUACCCGGGUCCCCGCGUUGCGGGGACCGUCGACAAUCCAUCGGAAGAGGACCUAGAGGGAUUUAGACUUCAGCACUCGCUGAAAAUCAACGAUACAGUUCCGUUCUCCAUGUACAAAUCCACGAGGACUGGCCUGACAGUUUGUAUCGCAGACGUAGAAGACGCGUUUGUCAACUGCCACUUUGCCUUCGCAACCGAAGUGCUUAAUGACGAUGGUCUUCCUGAAGCAGUGGCACAGCUUGUAUUUAUGGGCAGCGAGGAGUAUCCCUAUGUAAAUCUUUUGAAUCGCUGGUCUCAUAAAUGCUUUUCGCUUGAUCCUGAGACUCAUACGUUUCAAGAUUACACUUGUUAUAGCAUGAAAACAACUGUAAGCAAAGGAUUUUUGUCCUUACUGCCCGUGUAUCUCGAUCAUAUUCUUUAUCCAUCUCUUACGGAAGCAGCAUAUAUUAUAAACAUACAUCAUCUUACUAAGUAUGGAGACAAUGGAGGUACAUUUUAUUUUGAUACCAGGACUAAAGAAUUAGACGGUGAACAUGUAACUUAUACUGAAUUAAUGAAAGCGAUGUAUCCUGAAAAUUGUGGAUAUAGCUCGAUUGUUCAAGGUACAUCGCAUUAUAUAUCGGAAUAUCUCGUUCUCGAGGAUAUUAGGAAGUAUCAUAAGGAAUAUUACAGACCAGAAAACUUAACUGUGUUAAUAGUAGGUCAAGUAAACCAUAUUGAAAUUUUUCAAAUAUUAAAGUCUUUAGAAGAAAAAAUAAUAUCAAGGGGAGAGAGAGGAGAAUUUAAAAGACCCUGGCAGACUCCAGUUAAACCGCUUACAAAAAGCAUAGAUGUGGAAUUCCAGUAUCCUUGCUACUUAUGUACUGGGGCAUAUGUUCGUAUAGCUUGGCAAGGACCGUCCAUAGUUAAUAAAUUGUCUGAUUAUCUUGGCUUUUGCUUAAUCUCGCAAUAUCUCGCCGACACGUCCGUCGGUGCAUUGCAAAGAGAAUUUAUCAAGGAGCACAUUUCUUAUGAGUAUUACUUACACGAAUUUUCGACUUCAGCUUUAAGUUUGAUGUUUCCGAAUGUACCGGGUAGUAAAGUUCCUUUAAUCAAAGAAUCUGUGAUAAAAGUACUUAAACACACGUCUGACAUUGGUAUACAAUUAAAAGAAAUGAAGACUGUAAUUCGUAGAUAUAUUAUUAAAAUUUUAAGCGACUUGGAAAAUAAUCUACACAAUACAAUCGCAAUUGGGCUGUUUAAACAUAUGUUAUAUGGAAAGACAAAUAAAGAUCUGGAUUACAGAUUGAAUCUUAUACGUUAUGCCAAAAAAUUGGAAAAUGAAUCAAAGAUUUAUUGGACAAAUCUUUUCAAGAAAUAUUUUGUCGAUACCCCAAUGGUUGUUGUUAGGGGUACACCCAGCCGUGAGAUGCUAAAGAUAUUUUCAGAAGAGGAGAGAAAAAGAAAGUUUGAAAGGAUACUCGAGUUUGGCAUGCUCGGUUUAGCAAGAAACGAUAUACUUAUUUCUCACGCCAUGAGCGAAAAUUCACAUAUACCCGACGAAGUACUAGAAAGUAUAUCUGAACCUGGCACAGAUUCCAUUGACUUCCAUCACAUUAAAAGUUACAGUACAGAAACCUUGGAGCAGCAUUCUGAAUUAGAUGUCACUCAACUGCCAUUAUUUACCUAUUUAGAUCAUGCUGAUACAAACUUUGUUCAUAUAUUUGUUGUCAUGGACACUACUUCCAUUACUAAGGGAUAUAAAAAAUAUAUUCCACUAUUGUUAGAGCUUAUUAUGGAAUCUCCAGUGAAAAGAGCCGAUCAACUGAUUCCUUACGAGGAAGUAAUAGACGAAUUGAAAGCAGAUACUGCAGUGGUUGCUACUCACACUAGUCUUUGCAAACCUACAGGAUUUUCAUAUAGGUCCUCAGAAGUUUAUUUGAUGCUUCAAGUUGAAUAUGAAAAAUAUGAAAAAGGCAUAAAGUGGAUUAAAGAGCUUUUAUAUAACACUGUGUUAAUAGUCGACAGAUUAAAAACAAUAGCAACAAAGAAAGUAAAUGAUAUCGCUCAAUUAAAGAAAGAGGGAGAAAGAGUUGUGGACGAUUUAAUGAAAAUAUUACUGUACAAUGAAGAUAGCAAUCCUUACAUAUUCAGCUUAGUACAACAAGAAAAAUUUCUCGUUGAUAUUCUGGAACAUCUAAACGAUGAUGUAGGUCAAAAGGAAAUUAUGGCAAAUAUUGAAUCAAGCAGAAAAGCCUUGACGUUAUCUACAAAUAUAGUUUUAUAUAUGACUGCUAAUGUUACCAAAUUGAUUAAGGCAGUUUCAAAUGUCUACACCCCAUGGAAAAUAUUUUUUUCUGAUGUAGCAGCUCCGGAGAAGACCAAGCUCAACGUUACCGAUGAUUGGACACUGAUGCCUUCCACAAACCAUAUUGCUAUCAGCAAUUGCAUCGUGGGAUUGGAAAGUAAAACGAAUGUAUUUUUCCUACGGACUCAUCCGUGCAUAAACGACUAUCGAAGCCCUGAUCUGCCAGCUUUGCUCGUUUGUUUGAUGUAUUUUGAUCAGAUGGAUGGACCCUUAUCGUUAUUAAUUCGACAUUCUGAACGUGCGCGUGAUUUCGAAUUUUUCGUGUCGUUGCACGAAGGAUUGUUGUAUAUGGUUAUUAACGAUGCUACGGAUUUGAUAAAAGCGUAUGCCGCGGCCAAAAAGAAUAUGGAAAAUCGUUUAUCCGGAUGGACCGACAUUUUUUACGAAUCAGCUAAAUCGCUUGCGAUCUAUCAGCUCGUCAAAAUGAAAAACGCCGUAAGCAAUAGAGCGAAUGAAUCGUUAAGAUGUUGUCGCGGUGUGCCGCUUGACUAUUGUCUUCCACUGAUACGAAGUGUUUCCACCGUUACCAAAGACGACAUGACUCGUGUAGCGAAUCAAUAUAUCACGCCAUUAUUCGAUCCGGAAUUAUGUAAGACUGUUAUCGUAUGUCAUACCUCUAACGUCUCGGCAAUAGAAGAGGCUUUCAAAGAAAUGGAUCAUAGUUUUAAUACAUAUAACAGUUUCAAAGAAGCUUAUUCAAUACUAUUUAAAAAAACGUAAAAACAAAUAAAGCUUUAUUAAUUAAAAAAAA